UGGUAGCGUCGAAGUUCUUUCGCACUUUAGGUAUUACCAAGCCUAAAUCAUAAUGUUAUUAGUAUAAAUUAACGCUAGAAAUGUAGACAAUAAYCAUGCCACGAGAUACCAAACCAGAAGAGUGGGUUGUCCUGGUUCUAAGGCGCUUUCAACAACAGUUGCCCUUAGAAGGAUCCUUGGGUAAAAAAGGAAAUGACAGCCAAGAGCAGAUCAGUGGAUGUCUAGUUAAUAUCAGUGACCAUAAGUUCAUUAURGUUGUUUCUGGAUUGGCUAGGAUGGUCAAAGAACCACAAUUCCUUAUGGCAAUGAACUCAGAUAGAAUACAGCUAGCAGCUGAGUCUAAUGUUGUUAUUAUGAAAACAUUGGUYAAAUGUUUUGAGAAGAACCCUCAGCAAUGUGCCGCUCUGCCAGAUGAUGUCCUGCUAAAAGUCCUUUUACCAAGUGUUUGUCAGUUCAUUACUCAAASCAGCAUUGGGAUACCUUUUGAAAUAGAACAAAGAGAACAAGCUGCCAAGAUAUUGUCUCAUAUUAGUAAUUACCACUUUUCUGUCUUGUUUAAUCGUAUUGCAAUAAGACUUCAUUUGUUGGCUAGCUCUGAUGACAAUUCUGAUGUUGGUGAUCUUGAGUUGAUCCAACAUUUGAAUGUCAAUAAAUCAUCACUGAAAAUUCUUCUUCAAGAGGGAAUCAAAGUGUUUAAGAAUCUUAAGAAACCUGGUCAACUUGCUUUUGUAGCAGGACUUGAUAAGGCAAUCUGGAAUUGGGUAGAGAAUAGUCCAUCAGAGUUUGCUGAGCUUCAGAGACAGCCGUGUAAAGAUCUCUCAGAUUAUGCAGAAAGAUUAUUUGAUUUAGUUGAUAACUUUGCUCAGGAGAGCUGGAGACGGAAAGCAGCAGUUUGGCCAUUACAAAUUAUGUUGCUUAUAUUAUGCCCAACACUGUUACAACAAAUAACAACCAAUAAUGGAUUAAAGGACAGCCAAAAAUCUAACAAGAAAGAGUUUCUGGACAAUUUGAAGAAGGCCUUGUCAAGUACCAAGACACUUAGUGAGAGUGCUGCCGUCUCCUCUGUUAAAUUAUGCAAAGCAGCAAGUUACAUGAAACCUGAGGACAAYUCUGUUCUUUGCUUUCUUGUAUUAACAAUUUUAAAUGAACUAAAGGCUCUGUUGUUUAAUAUGAACCGACCCUUCUGUCUUGCAUCUGGCUCUUUGACUUCCACUGAAGACCUGAUGAUUGAUUGUUUUGUAUCAAGUUUUCGAAAUAAUUACAGGAACAGUCAGACUUUUGAUGCAUGUCUUGCUACAACCUCACCUGUYAUCUUUAACUUUGUCUACAUUAAAAGUGUUUUCUUGAUAGUUACUGAGCCUCCUCUUGCWUGGUGGGCCAAAGCAGACGUAUUGUAUCCUAAAGCACAACAGAUUCGAGGAAUAUUUUUGCAUGUUUUGAACAAGUUAAAAAAUGCAGAGCAAGAAGCACAGCAGUCUAGAUUGAGUCAGAUCUAUAAAGUUAAAGAUAUCCACAAGAGUAAACAUAAAGAGGAUGACAUGCCUGCAGGGCGGAGAGACAAAGAACUCUUACUUUGUUUAGUUAGGCUGUUCCAUGCAGAUCCAGUAUUCGCGUUUCAUAAUCCAAACACUCCCGGMUGGGAUAUUCAGAAAAGUUCAUCGCAAAUCAUCAUGGGACUAGUAAACCUUGUCAUUAGCACUUCAGUGACGUCAGACAUUAACGAAGAGGCAGCUAAGACGCUUCAUUGUUUCUUCCAAGCUGACAAUGUUGAUAUGUGGAAUCCUGUUGCAUCGAUAGCUACAUUCUGGGAAAUAAGUUCCAAUGUGUUUGUAGCAAUCUCAGAUGUACUCAUUAACCAUUCUCCAAAGAGUACUCAGUUACUUAAGUUUUUGAAAGAACUUAUUCGCUGCAAGAACGAGUUUUUAAGUAAGCAUAAGGAACAAGCAUCCACUGGAUGUCAUAUCCCAGUAUGUUCGUUAGCACACAAUAAACUAGAGGAAGUUUUUCUUACGUAUUUAUGGAGCUCCGAUAUCGAUGCGGCAAUGAUUGCUUUGUCGAGUUUUGGUCAUCUUUGUGAAGAGGUUGAUAUCUUACAAAGCAACGAAAACAUCUCCGAACUUCAAACAUCAUCGAAUCUCAUUGUCAUGAGUGAACUUGCUGCUGAGGCUACUCGAUUCACUGCUGGUCGCGCAGCAUUGCAGAAAAAGAUCAUGGCUUUAUUAAGACAACUAGAUCGACAGACACCAGGGAAUGUACAGGCAUGGGAGAAUACGUACAUACGAUGGCAAAAAAUGACUUAUAGUCUYGUUAACUAUGGUAAAGACGACAGUGCUGGCGGAAUGGCUGCUCAAUACCUKCACUCUGUACGCAAGAGAGCUGGAUCCAGCCUACCACGAUCACUACCMUCAGCUGAUAUGGAAAGCUCAUUGAAUGAAUGGACGUACAUGACUGGUUUCUUGUGCUCCCUUGGUGUAGUGUGUUUAACGACUUAUCAAACACUAAGGCGUUAUAGUCGUGCUCUACCUUUGGCCAUCCAGAGCAAUACUGAAGGGAAUACUAAAAAGGAUUCCAAUGUUGCAAGAUUUCUGAAAGAGUUGCUUAGUUUAUUGGUUUGCAGUAAUGAGAAACUGGGUGUACAGAUUCGAAAAACUGUCAACGAGCUGAUUGGAUAUCAACUUAGCUCAACGUUGUAUCCCAUUUUAUUUGAAGAAAUCAAGAAUGUUUUGAAGACGUUUUUUAGCACUGCUGGUCAGGUCGUUGUACAAGACACUAAUACUCUGUUUGUUGAACAGGUGAUCAUUAUUAUGAAGCACAUCCUUGACAAUAAAGAACAGAUGGAAACUUUCCAACCAGGAAAUGUGGAGGCAAUGAUAUUAACCCUAGUCAGAUAUGUUCGUAAUUUACCGUUAAGUGUACAGUCACUGCGGAUAAAAACCAAAAUAUGUAUUCUAGUUGAUAUGGUGAUGAGGAGAAGAGAAGAACUGCUCUUUCACCAAGAAAUGAAAUUUCGAAACAAAGUAGUGGAAUACUUGACGGACUGGGUUUUAUUAUCUGAUGAUAAACGACACCAUUUACCACUGGAACUAACCGUCCUGUCAAAUGAACUGGAUGCUGCUGUUAUGAAAGCUAUUGCCUCACUACUUGCUAGUCUCCCCUUGCAACCAGAAGACAUAGAGACAGACAUCGUGGAAGCCAAGUCACAGCUUUUCCUCAAGUAUUUCACAUUGUUUAUGAAUCUUAUGAGUCACUGCAAAGGACAGUACAGUGCCGACGCAGAAGGUCGAGAAACCAGUCUCUCUGCUUCUCAGUCACUUCAUCAAAACACCAUUCUUGCAAUGUCGAAUUUACUCAACGCUAACAUUGACACUGGACUCAUGUAUGCUAUCGGACUGGGUUAUCACGAGGAUCUCCAAACAAGAGCUGUUUUUAUGGAAGUAUUGACGAAGAUCUUACAGCAGGGUACAGAGUUUGACAAUCUUGCAGACACUGUCUUGAUGGAUCGGUUCGAUAAACUUGUCCAGCUAGUGACAUUGACGACUGAGAAAGGACAAUUACCAAUAGCUAUGGCACUGGCAAAUGUYGUACCAUCACAACAACUUGAUGAGCUGGCUCAAGUUCUCGUCACAUUAUUCGAUGACAAACACAUGUUAUCUCUUUUACUCAAGAAUGUAUUUUAUGCAGAAGUCCGUAAUGCAGAAUCCAUGCAGAUUCUAUUCCGCGGUAACAGUCUUGCCAGUAAAGUUAUCACAUUUUGCUUCAAAAGCUACGGCACCAAUUACCUGCACUCCUUACUAGGAYCUCUUAUUGUAAAAAUGUACAAAGAACAAGUCAACUAUGAAGUUGAUCCUGCUAGAAUUUCAAAAGACGAAAACUUAGAAGAAAAUCAAAAUAAUUUAAUUCGACUUGCUCAAGAAUUUGUAAACAAAAUCACAUCAUCAGCAAACAGUUUGCCAAUGACGCUACGCGACUUGUGUUGUGUGCUUAGAAAGGUAGUUGUACAAAGAUUUCCCAAAAGCAGUCUUGCAUCAGUUGGAAGUGCAAUAUUCUUGCGUUUCAUCAACCCUGCAAUAAUCUCUCCGCACUUAUUUGGAUUAACAGACGARCCACCAAAUGAUAGAUUGCGAAGAGGUCUGAUGAUGUUAUCAAAGAUUUUACAGAAUCUAGGAAACUUUGUUCUGUACAUGAAGGAAAAGUUUAUGGAACCAUUUAAUGGUUUUCUAGAAGCCAACUUUGAGAAAACAAAACGAUUCUUCGAAAAAAUAUCUGCUGAGAUUCCCACCAAAGCAAGUGAUGAGACCAGCACGUAUUCAUUUCUUAGUGAUAACAGUGUACUCAGCUUACAUAGAUUAUUAUGGGAUAAUCAAGAGAAGAUUGGCACACACCUGUCUGCGAGGAGAGAGUAYAAAACKUUUGGAAGAAGACCYUUCGAGAAGAUGUCAACAUUACUUGCUCAAGUUGGGCCUCCUGAGCARCAGAACUUGGUGUUUGAUCGCAAGUGGCCUGCUGGAUCAAGGUUUGAAGAGUUCAUGGCAAGGCACGCAGAAAAUAGCCAAGAUGACUUGCAUAGUAUCAGAUCACAAAAUGUCUUUUAUCAGGCUGGCAAAUCGAAAGCAGGCAACCAAGUGUUCUGUUUUAUUGCAAGGCGAUUCAGACCUGACCAAAUGAAUGACGAGUUGCUUAUCUACCAUAUACUUUUACUUCUUGAACCAUUUACUGAAAAACCCUGGGAACUAGUUGCUGAUUUUACACAUACAACACUCGAAAACAGAUUUAAGCCUACAACGAUCGUUAAGUUCUUGACUGUGGUUCCUAAGAGUACGUUGACCAAUCUUAUGUCAGUAUACAUGUACAACUGUAGCUCAUCAUUACGUCUGUCAACAAGAAGUAAUGUACAAAUAAAGGUUGGUCCGAUGUCGGUACAGAUUACGACACCUGAGAGACAUAAGGUUUUAGGAUAUUCUACCGUACUCAAUGAUGUGUACUAUGCAUCCGAAGUCAAAGAGGCUGUUGUAGAAGAUGAACAAACCAUUAUAUUAAAGUUUGUUAACGGGGGACCAGGAAUUCUUCUUGCAAGCAACGAAUGUCAUCAAAUAGAAGAAGCAGUUAUGCAUGUCAAGACGAGAUGGCAACUUUCACAACCGGAUGCAGCCACUUCAUCAAGUAAGAAAAUCAAGCCAAAAGAUGUACCRGGGACUCUUCUUAACAUGGCUCUACUGAACCUUGGUUCGAGAGACUCAAGUCUUCGUCUUGCGGCUUAUAACUURCUGUGUGCAGUAACAAAGGCGUUUAAUCUAAAGAUUGAAGAAAGACUUCUUGAAGGCACAGGUUUGUGCAUCCCAGCCAAUAACACCAUCUUCAUUGUCAGUAUAAGUGAGAAGCUGGCUGCCAGGGAGCCCAAGCUAACUUUAGAGUUUUUGGAGGAGUGCAUCAAUGGAUUCAUGAAAUCGAACACAGARCUAAAGCACUUAUGUCUUGAGUACAUGGCACCGUGGCUGCCUAAUUUAACACGGUUUCUCAAAUUCCCCUCUAAAGAUGCACAGCGCAUAAAGAUGAACAAUAUCUUGGAUUCACUUAUCAAUAUAACUGUUACCGAACAAGGGGCAAUGAAUCCGUCAGUACAAGCAAACAUUUGGGGAAUGAUUGGUAAAGUAACRGAGUUACUGGACACUGUUCUUGAUAGUUUUCUAAAGGCUAGUGCCUCUGGUGGUUUGGGUUCUAAUAAGGCAGAGGUUUUGGCUGAUACUGCUGCAGCCUUAGCAUCAGCCAAUGUUCAGGUUGUCUCGAGUAAAGUCAUUGGCAGAUUAUACACGCUCGUCAGCAAGACGUUUAUCUCUCCAACACUACGACUGGAGCAGCAUCUAAUGUGGGACGACAUUGCUAUUCUUACAAGAUAUCUUCUUAUGCUUUCGUUUAACGACUGCCUGGACGUGGCAAGUCAUAUCCCGUCUCUAUUCCAUCUGAUUACUCUUCUUAUAUCAACUGGUCCACCUACAAUACGUGCGUCAAUCCAUGGUCUGGUUAUCAAUAUUAUUCAUUCUCUGUGUACAUGUACAUAUAUYAAGUUCAGUGAUGAUACUCAAACACUUCUUCGCGUUAAGCUUGCAGAACUAUCAUCGCCAAAGUUCUAUCUCUUGUUUGGUAUUUCUAAAAUCAAGUCUGCGGCAGCCAAGGCCUUCAAAACCUCUCAGCGUGGCCAGCGGUUUUAUCUACGAGAAACAGAGGGGGAGGUGAUGACGAUGAUGUCAGUAGAGACCGUCACCGAUGCACUACUGGAAAUCAUGGAGACGUGCAUGAAGGACAUACCAGACUGUACAUGGCUACAAAAAUGGACAGAACUYGCUACGGAAUUCGCGUUUCAGUUUAAUCCUGCCCUUCAGCCAAGGAAUAUUGUUGUAUUGGGUUGUAUUAGUAAGGAGGCCGGCGAUUUCAUGGUACAGCGGCUUCUACAUGUCUUGAUUGUGGCGCUCAGUAAUUACACCGAUCUAGUACUCAUCGAAUCGUCAGUCAUGUGUCUUACUAGAAUCCAGGGAAUCUUAGGAAAGGAGUCAAAAUUCCACAAGGCAUUUUUUUGGAUCGCAGUAGCAGUAUUGCAGCUUUCAGAGUUGACAUUAUACCCAUGUGGCCUUACGCUGCUGGAACACAGUCUUCUCACACUGGAUUCUCAUGGGAUGUUUGAAUCGCAAGCUGUACAAGAAGUACUCAUGGAAGUCAGGAGGGAACCUUCUCUUGAGUUUCACUGCAAACAAAUGGAUCAUUUUGUUGGUGUUAGUUUYUAUGGGAACUUCCAUUUYGCUCUCAUGGCGCACUUGGUUAAAGGUGUUUACCAUCCACAAGCAACAACAUCAGCAAGAGCYAUUCGUAUCUUAAACUUGAUGUUGGAUAUCACAAGUAAACACAAGCAAAGUCGGAAUAAGUUUGCAGUAACGAAAGAAAAUCUAGCGUAUUUAGGAGCCUUAAUACCUGUAUCAGAAGACAUACGAAGUCGUCUUAAGCCAGGAGCUACAGUGAGUACACCAGACCCCUGUCCCCUUGGGGGAUCCUCUAUWAAGAGCGAUAGCAGUAAUGGUGGAUCGUCAUUGUCGAUGGACAGCCGUGUCUCGAUCGUUAUUACAACGUCUCAGUCACCCCAGAUCGAUGAUGUCCCUCCCGAGGGGCAUGCUUUUGAAUGGCCUAACGAAUGUCAGCAUCUACUGCUUGAUCCUGGUGUGGUAAACGACAACAAAACACAAGCGUUAUUACUAACUACACUGGUGAUGCUGCUGGAACACACGACUGGUGAUUUAGAAGUUAGUUAUCUUUAUCAAUUGUUAGCUGAAGCAAGUCUGAUGUAUCCCAAUGUAUUCCCUGUCAUCUACUACCACCUCGACGGCCAUAUUGGAACCGUUCUUGGUCACUCCGAUGACGUCGAUACGUURCAAGCAGUUCAAACAAUCAUUCAUUCAGUCACGGCGACCAGACCAACCGAGGACAUUCUCCGACAUAACUUUUUGGCUUCAUUUGGUUUUACAGGAUUUCAUCACUUCACGAAGUUUAAGGAACAAAGUGGGCAAAACAACCGUGCACAACUGUUCAUGAAGUUCCUGGAAGCUGUACUCGAAGUUUACGGAAAAGGUGGCAUCCCUGAGAAAGACCUGAAAUAUUCGAACCCAGUGAGUUCAGUUUCAGCCAUCAAACCAAUCAACCUUAGUUCAAGCAGCGAUGACUUACGAGCCCUUGAUGGUAGUUCCAACUUGUCCAACUCACUAACAUCUUUACCAGCUGCCAUUAAAGACAUGUCGAUUCCGAUGCCAUUCAAACGAACUGGUUCUUCGUAUCGACCUCGGAAGAUUUCGCUCAAUACGAAAGUAAAGCGAAACAUGUCGACGAAGGCACCGAGAAGCUCAUCUCUACAAGCAUCAAAAUACUUGUGACAUUAAAAUUUUUUAGGUUCUUAAAAUCGUAAUUCAAGCAGAAAAAAAUCUGAAUAUCAAAUGUGUUAUGGAGUCCUUGCAUCAAGGAUUUUGCUUGACGAAAUACAAUUUCUCUUUGGAUAUACAUAUAUAUUUUUAUAACUGGAAUUUGCUUUGUAAAUUGCUAUAAAUAGAGUAUUUUGUAAUUUGGUGAACGUAUAGUUUUAUUGGUACUUUUGACAAGAAAAUAUAGACGCUGAAUGUAAAUGGUGCUGAUUUUAUAUUCAAUUAAAAGUUAUUGACACUCGCAGGAA